AUGGAAGGCCACACGAUGAGUGCACUGAACCCGCGCCCCGUGGGGAUGAACCACUUGGGUCGGGGCGCCUACACUACCUUCCGCUCACCGCCUCCCACCAUCUACUCUACUGCACGAUUCGACAACUUACCUUCAAGCCACCGCGGCAGCUUUGACAACGAAAUUUCCCUAGUAGGUGGCACCUUAUCGGUCUAUGUUAUGCUUCUGGGGCAACAGAAGAAUAACAGUCGAGGAGAGGAACUGUCAUUUCUCCUUAUAAAUAAUGGACUCCAAGCCGUAAUGAUACGCAUGAUAGAAAUAAUCGCUUCCGUCUUCAUUCCGAUCUUCCAGGUGUCCAGUCAGUUAGGGCAAACCAGACUGGGCGAGACCGCGCCUGAUUUGAUCUCUGCCCAAAUUCACUUCCCCAAAUGGUAUCACAGCACAACAGGCGCUAACGGUGGCAGUGGCUGCAGCGGUGGUAGCGGGGGAGGAGGCCAGCGCUCCUCAUCACUUAGUCCCAAACCCACCGAGCCGGCGGUGCAGCUGGCCUACCGACCGCCUACGCCGCAGGUGCAAGCACAGAUGCCGACACCGACACCAACGCAUCGGGGUAUCCUGAAAGGCCAGAGGCCUCCCUCUGAGGCAGGCGCUGAUUCACCUCGAGGCGGAUUCACUGGGCGUGGCUUCUGGGACAGUGUCGAACUCAGCAGCGAAGUUCACGACAGCUGUAACUCAAUCGCCUCCUCUAACCUAGGCGAUUCACUCUCACGCAAAACGGUCCGCUUCGCUGAUGGUAAACCGGCCAUGUCAAGCAGGACAACGCAAGUGCCCUAUGACUCGGUUCGAGGCCCCACAGUUCGUACGAACGGUGCCAUAGCUCAGGGCAUAUACGAAUGGGAGCCAGAAGAGGGUCUAAUGAUUCCCGGUCGAACUGCAAGAGACCUCAAUAAGCCGCCUAGACCACCGAAAAUGCGUCCCACUCACCGACUUGAGCGGCGCAUCACUACAGACUGUGUGGGCCUACCCCCACGAAUUGGCUACCCACCAACAGGUGAGAGCGAAACUGGCACUACGCCAUUAUCAUCACCAUUGGAAUACAUCUCGUUGGGGAGUCUUGGGAAUGCAGCAACACCGACAGGGUCCAUGGAUGACUCCUAUGCCAACUACGAAAGCAUUUACCGCAAUCGAAGUCGACGAAUGUCAGAAAGUGGGGCGGUGGAGAGGAUAGACAGCCAACGUCUGGACGUCCUCAUGAGGCCCUACAUGACCUCAACGAACCCUGAGGCGCCAACUGUAUCUUCGCCACACCCGCCUCUGCUUCCUCCCUCAGGUUCUUCUGGUGGUCCCAUCUAUCGAACGGAGGUCAAGAUCACCGAUUUGCAACCACCGCCACCAUCACAGUCAGCACCUCCUUCCCCUCCCCUACCAUCAACGUCCUCAGCUCCGCUUCACUUUGUCUACACCGUCAAACCAUCACCUCAUCGACGUGUUGUCGAUAGUGAUAUCGAGGACAGCUUCGACAGGAUCGACCCCGGGUUCGUGGAUGAUACAACAUUGAGACCGCGCUCUCUCCAGAGCCUCACAACUCCUCUAACACCGCGAGUUCUAGGGCCGGCCAGUAUCCCUAUCCCCUCAUUUGGGAAUGCCAACCGAGGCACGCUACCGCCAAGGCUAAUGAACAGUCGCGAGCAGCGGGUGAAGCAGCAGGUGCCAACACAGACGCAGCAAACAAAAAGGCAUCAUCCUUUGCGGGUGGAGGUGUCUCAUGUAGGCUGCGAACUCUCUAAUACCUUUCAGCCAGCAGUAUCAAGGCCUGUUCCCCUCCUAAAUGGUAAAUCAGUGUUUCCACUAAAUGGACCGCCUUUCACGGAUGGUACUCGCCGUCGAGGCAACGGUGCAGCUGAAGGGCAUCAAUCGGCAGACUUGAAAACAGGCAGCCUUGAUCGAGACGGAGUGUGGCGGCCAAACCGCCUACCCAUGAACCUUGGCGUUGUCGGAAGCAGUGCAUCGCCAGCGGCACAUGAUCUGGCCUACGCGCCCUCACCCUUCUUUGAUGACCUGGUAAGUGGUCGUCUGCGAUCUGAUCGCCAACAUCAUCGCCACUCAGAACGCUUCUUCUCGCCAUUUGGCACUGGCAGUGGAGGUUACGAGGUGCCCAUUUUCGUGGUGCGUCCCACCGCCACAUCUACUUCCACUCCUUCCUUUCGACGUCGGAACCUCUCGCCCAGCAGCAGCAGUUCUCAAAGAGGUGCGUUUUCAGAUUUUGUUGGCGUCACUUCCGUGCCAACAUUGGGCAAGAUCUACCAGCAGGAGAUCAUAAUUAUAGUGCUCAGUCACCUUCAAAUGCUUUGGAGGGUUCGCGAGUCCAACAAAUACACGAUUGAUAUGUAUAAGGCAUUGGAUGUCACAGUCAAUGUUGCCUGCAUUUAUUCCUAUUCGAGUGUAUUACCGUAA